GUCACUCUGGUAAGACAAUAUCUAUAUCCGGAAAUUUGCUGAUGACACGGACAGUUCCAGGUUGGUGUGAUGGAUUGAUCGUCAACAGAGCGACUGUGUACACGAUUUGUGGCAAUGUAUCAUACACAGCAGAAAACAAAUAGAAGGAAGAUUUUUUAGAAUCAUUUGAAGAUGUCAAUAUUUCGAAAAUUACUUGGAAAUAAUCAAGAUGGCAGCAACCAGCAAAUUGCAGGAGCCAACAAGAACACUCUGUCAUCAGGCCCUCAGCCUAUGGCAGCUCAGCUGCAGAGAAAAUUUGCCAAAGGGGUCCAGUAUAAUAUGAAAAUAGUUAUCAGAGGUGACAGAAACGUAGGGAAGACUUGUCUGUUUCAUCGCCUCCAAGGUCAAAAGUACAAAGAAGAAUACAUCCCUACAGAGGAGAUACAGGUGUGCAGCAUCCAAUGGAACUACAAGGCCACAGACGAUGUGGUGAAGGUGGAGGUGUGGGAUGUUGUUGACAAAGGCCGCAAAAAAAAGAAAAUGGAGGGUCUGAAACUGGAUCCAGAUGCUGUCCCAGAGGUUGAGGAGCCCUGUCUAGAUGCGGAGUUCAUUGACGUGUAUAAGGGAUCACACGGAGUUAUCAUGGUGUAUGACAUCACCAAACAAUGGACAUUUUCUUACAUCGAGCGUGAGAUAGAAAGAAUACCGUCCCAGAUCCCAGUAUUGGUACUAGGUAACCAUAGAGAUAUGGGACACCACCGAACGGUCAUAGAAGACAAGGCACGCUACUUCUGUCUCCACCUCCAGAGGCCAGGGGAGGCAGCUACUGUAAGAUAUGCUGAAUCAUCUAUGAGGAAUGGAUUUGGACUGAAAUAUCUCCACAAAUUUUUCAACUUACCUUUCUUGCAACUGCAGAGAGAGACAUUGUUGAAACAGCUGGAAGUCAACAAAGAUGACAUGCUUUCUACCAUUGAAGAACUGGAUAUACACGAGGAAAGUGAAGAACAGAACUAUGAUGUAUUCAUUGACAGUCUAUGUAGCAAGAGACGCCAACAGCAGGACAAGUUAUCAGAGAAAGUUCUAGCUGAUUCUAAACUUAAACAGGAAGUGGAGGGAUCAGGGGAGGCAACUAAACCAAACAGUCUACCAGUUCCCAAAUCGGUAUCCAUGCCGACCUUCCAGAAAUCAACCAUAAUGGAGAAGGAGACACACUCUGUUGGGACAACACCAGUACAGGACAGAUUACCCCCUGAUCAGGCCCCCUCUCUGGAACCCCCAACCCCCACACAAGAUCAGCAGCAGAAGUCUGGCUUCUUCUCUAGGCUGUUCAAGAGCAAGGAUAAGAAUCUGCCAAAAAAGGAAGUUGUAGAUGAUCUACACAGUCCCACUGGUACAGAUACUGUGAAGAGUGUGGAGGAUUUCUGUCCUGACGACGGAGGAUUAGACAACAGCUUCCUUGACGACACCAAGGAAGUUAAAGAAAACACAAAGCUGACAAAAAACCAUGACAGUGACAGUGAUGAAGAUGCGGGUAACCCAAUGGUGGCCGGAUUUCAAGAUGACCUGGAUUCAGAUGAUAACUUUGACAACAGUUCAAAUCAGUUUGUCAUGGCAACAGAGGACAUUGUUGUGACAUCAUCUGAUGAGGAGGUGACAUCCCCAGUGGAGAUAAAUCCGGUUGUUACGAUAGUAACAGAGGUUUCCAGUGAUUCAGACUCGGAUGCAAAUAAAAAGACAACUGUGUCAACAUCUCGUAAAAUAUCAAACGGAAACAAAAGUAUUACUACUGAAACAAAAACAGAGGGAAAAGUUCCCAAAACAAACAGUGUAUCAUCUUCAACCAAAGGAAGGUUGACCACCACAUCUAUGUCAUCGUCAGACAGCGAAGUGACUGGACAGCCAGUGGUGUUGACCAACCAGGACAUUGAUACCGACGAUGACCAUACGACAAAUAAUGUUGUGGUCGCCAAGGACGAGGAUGUCAGUGAUGAUGAAACUCCUGCUGCUGGUCUUCAGGUUCAAGCUGGCUUUGACAGCUGGCUAAAUCAACUGGAGAGUGAGUCGACUGUCGCUGAGGAGGUGGGGAGUGAGCCUAGCAGUCCGGAGCUACAACGACCGAAACCCAGGUCAAAGUCAACUACGUCUGGAGAAAUAGCAGAGAGGGAUACAAGUGCCAAAAAGAAGAAAAAGAAGAAGAAAGACAAAUCGGAGAAGGGAGAAGAAAAUUCAACUUCAAAAAAGAAUAAGAAAAAGGACAAACAAAAAACAGAAAAAGAGAAGGGUGAAACAAGCAAAAAGGAGAAGAAGAAAAAGAAAGAAAAAAUAGUUGUGUCACAAACUGAAAAUGCAAUGGAAAAUAUGGAUGACUUGGAAGCAUUCCUAAAUGAUGAUCCUUCAACCCCUGGGGGCGGGGCAGGUUAUGAGUCACUCUGAUCUUUCAACCCCUGGGGAUGAGGCAGGUUAUGAGUCACUCUGAUCCUUCAACCUUAACAGAAAUGUUCUGUGUCACAUCAACCCUGGGAGGCAAGAUAAUGGUUUCUGUGACUCAUCAGCCUUGGGGGAGGGGAUGGGAUAUGGGAUCAAACAUUCCUGGGAUUAGGGAAUGAUAGUUCCUCUGGUUCAUUGACCUGGAGAGGGGACAGGAAAAGUGUUACUGUGAUCCAACAAUCCUGGGGUGGGGAAUGAUAGGAUGUGUUAUGCUGCUUCAUAAGUUUUGGUUUUAGAUGGCCUCUAAUAUCCAUUACCAGGGGUAGGGAUGGGAUGGGUAAUUCUAUAAAUCCAGGGGUAGGGAUGGGUAAUUCUAUAAACCCAGGGGUAGGGAUGGGAUUAGUCACUCUAUAAACCCAGGGGAAGGGAUGGGAUUAGUCACUCUAUAAACCCAGGGGUAGGGAUGGGAUGGGUAAUUCUAUAAACCCAGGGGUAGGGAUGGGAUUAGUCACUCUAUAAACCAAGGGGUAGGUAUGGGAUUAGUCACUCUAUAAACCCAGGGAUGGGAUGGGUAAUUCUAUAAACGCAGGGGUUGGGAUGGGAUUAGUCACUCUAUAAACCCAGGGGUAGGGAUGGGAUUAGUCACUCUAUAAGCUCCAGGGGUAGGGAUGGGAUAAGUCACUCUAUAAGCUCCAGGGGUAGGGAUGGGAUUAGUCACUCUAUAAACCCAGGGGUAGGGAUGGGAUUAGUCACUCUAUAAACCCAGGGGUAGGGAUGGGAUUAGUCACUCUUUAAAUCCCAGGGGUUUGGAUGGGAUUAGUCACUCUAUAAACCCAGGGGUAGGGAUGGGAUUAGUCACUGUAUAAGCUCCAGGGGUAGGGAUGGGAUUAGUCACUCUAUAAAUCCCAGGGGUUUGGAUAGGAUUAGUCACUCUAUAAACCCAGGGGUAGAAAUGGGAUUGGCAUUAUAAACCCAAGGGUUGGGAUGCGAUUACAUACUCUAAACCCCAAGGGUUGGGAUGGGAUUGUCAGUAUAGAAGUAUGGAGGGAGUCAUUCUAUAAACCACAAGUGUUAGGGGAGUCAGAUGAUACACCUAGAGGAUCGCAGCAGGUUGUCACUAUAUACUUUGGGGGCCGGGAUAUGUUGUUAGCCCAAUGGUUGGGUAUGGAGUAAACAGAGGGGUUAGGAUUUCAUUAAUUAUCAUUAUUUAUUGAGAUGUUUAUACAGAGAUGUAUGUGUACAAGUGGAGUAUAUUGUGUGUAAACUAAAUGAAUGACAAACGAGAUAAAAUAUGCUGAAAAUACAUUUUUGUAAACAUUUAGAAGUAAUUGUGUAUUGAUGUGAUUUUAGUGCUAAAACUGAAUAAAUAUGAAGUACAAUGUUAA